CAUUGGAGCAAUUGACGGAACCCGUGUACCUAUCACCAUUGCAGAAGAUAAGGCUCCUCCUUACCGAAAUAGGAAAGGGUCACUUUCACAAAACGUGAUGUUGGCAUGUGACUUCGAUCUGAAUUUUAUAUUUAUUUCAUGUGGGUGGGAAGGCUCGGCCUCAGAUGCAGGGGUCCUUCGAUCCACUAUUAUUAAAGGGUUCAGUGUGCCAGAAGGAAAAAUUUAUCUUGUAGAUGGUGGGUAUGCAAAUACAUCAUCCUUUAUUGCCCCAUACCGAGGAGUUAGGUAUCACCUCAGCGAGUUUAGAAGGCGCCGUUCAUCACAAGCUAGUUAUGUGAACUACAAAGAGCUAUUCAACCAUCGUCAUGCCAUUCUUCGCAACCACAUUGAAAGAGCCAUUGGUGUUCUGAAGAAAAGGUUUCCAAUUCUCAAAGUAGGCACAUUUCAUCCUAUCCAAAAUCAAAUCAAGAUAGCAGCGGCAGCUGUUGAUUUUCACAACAUAAUUAGAGGGCAAAAUGGUGAUGAAGGUUGGCUUGACCACCAACCAGAUCAUAUAUCUCCAAGCCAGUAUGUUGAAGUCCCAGAGGGAGACAACAACUACCCCAAUGAUAUAGACUCAAGUGAUGGAAGCAACCUGAGAGAUCAGAUUGCUCUCCAAAUGUGGGCUGCCUACAAUAGUUAGUUUAUGAUCUCUUAUAUUUAUUAUAUAGUAAUAAGGACUUAUGUUUUAUUAUGUAGUAGUAAAGUCUUAUGUUUUAUUAUGUAGUAGUAAAGUCUUAUAUUUACUAUGUUUUGUUGGGAAAUAUAGCCAUGGCAAAGAAUGUUUCUAGGGCAUCUUGGAACACUGUGUAUGAGAAAGGUCUGGUUGAUGUGCUCCUUGAACAUAAGGACAACCCAAAGUUCAAAAGUCAAAAUGGUUGGACUGUUGAGGGAUGGAACAAUAUCACAAACAAGUUCAAUGAGAGGUAUCCUCUUGCCCAUUACUCCAAACAACAAAUGCAAGACAAAGAUAAGGAGCUUAAAUCUCAUUACAAGGCAGUAAGAGAUUCAAGGAAAGAAAGUGGGGUGGGUUGGAAUGAUUCCCUAUGUAUGAUAGUGGCUGAGCCAGAACUUUGGGAAAAGCUCAUCCUUGCUCACCCAAAGGUAGCGAAGUACCAAAAGAAGCCAUUUCCAUUGUACUACUCUUUGGAAGCCCUCCACGAAGGUAGUGUGGCCACAGGAGAUUUGAAUUUCACAUCCACUCAGCAAAUGCCACCUCCUUCUUUCAUUCCUGUUCGUCCUCUUAAUGCCCCUCCUGGUGGCCCUCUUGCUGCCCCUCCUAGUGGCCCUCUUGCUACAGCUUUCGCUUCUGCUACUGCUCAUUCGAACAGGAGUACCUCUGAACAAAGCCACUCUCCCUUGCACCCCAACAGAAACCCAUUCUCCAUGGAUUUCCAAGAAAUAUCAAAUGAAGCUCAAUCAAGACAUGUAGAAGGUGGAAAUGGGAGAAAGCGCAAGCAAAGCCAAAUUGGAGCAGCCAUUGAAAGUUUUGUGGAUUUUAAGAAGAGCGCCACAUCCAAAACGCUUGAAGGUAUUGAAGAAGUGUCUAUGGAAAAGUGUCUAGACAAGUUGGAUAGAAUUGAUGGGUUCACAUAUGAGGAUAGAUCAUAUGCAAUGGAGGUCUUUGAAUCUGCGAUAAACCGAGAGGUGUUUAUGAAGUCAAAAAACCACAAUGCUAGAUUACUUUGGUUGAAGAGGAAAAUUAGUGCUUGUAGAGCGCUCACUACUAUCAUGUGAUGUGAGGUGAAUGUGGCGAUGAAGAGAUAGGCUUACAGGUAUUCACUGAAUAAAACAAUACGCUUGUUCUUGCACAAGAAUGCCAAUAUGUUUCUUAUCUUAUUGUAAUGAAAAGGUCGUUUUGAUAUUAUUGAGCUGUUCAAGUUUUUGAAAAGGAACUGUAUGAGCUUAAGAAAUGAUUGUCUAGGUUACAUUGAAA